CAUGCAUACAUAAAUAAAUAAAUUCCACUUGCAGUUUAAUUCAACUGAUUCGACAAACAAAGUCCGAUGAUCAUGAAUGUUGGCUUGAUCUGGCAGUAACUAAUUAUGAGAGUGCGACUGCUAAUCGAACUAUCGGAGAAUGGAGGCCUUCUCUAUUAUUAAGUUGGUUAGAGUUAGACUUCCAUCCAUUGUUUUACAUGCAUGUUUGAAGAACUCCGUCAUUAGUUUAUUGUCUCUCCAAUUAUGUUAAGUUGUUUUGUCUAACUACUACUCAUAAUUUACAUAAUAACAUUUCAACAGCAAUGCAACUACGGGUGUGACCAAUUAAACACUUUUCUUAGUUCUUUGCUCGUUUUGUUUCGUUUCUGUCGAUAUAUACUAGGUAGAAGAAGUUGAAUGGUUUCAGGUUAGUGUACUCAGUUGAGGAUUAAGAAGAAGUUGUCGAUGAUGUUGCAGAAUUCUAAGCUUGAGUUUUUCGAUAAUUUCUUUUUCACGAACACAUUACAUUCAAAAAGUAGAAGAAAUGUGAUAUCAGGUAUUGGUUAUGGAGUUGGAAUUUCGCUUCUUAUUGUUACACUUCUUUUCAAUUACUACUCUCCAUUAAAACCAUCAUCAUUACUGAAUCAUUCUAGUUUUCAUAAAAGAAUUUGUUUCUCUAAAUCAUUUCAAAAUGGAAUUUACAUAUCUCCUUGGUUCCUUUGUCAUCCAAAUUCUACUAGUUCUACACCUUCUUAUAAUGCCACGUCAGAGUUGCAAAACACGUCUGGAAAUGUUUCUUUGUUGCACGACAAAGAAACAGAAAUCUCAAAUGUGGGAGUGAAAAAUGAAACUAUCUUUAUUGAUGGUAAUUUGAACAAGAAUUCAAGUAUUUUGGUUCAAGAAGUUGGAGAUAAAUUAUCUGUUAAAGAAGAAGAAGUACUAGAAGGAAACCAGAAAAACAUGACAAGCGGCACUUCUGAUCUGCAGCUUGGAGAGGACAGUAGUAGGACGACUGAAGAAGAGCAAAAAUGUGAUAUAUUUGAUGGUCAAUGGGUAUUAAGGGAAGAAGCUAGGGAACCAUAUUAUCCAGUUGGUUCUUGUCCAUUUGUUGAUAGCCGUCACGAUUGUAUCCGUAAUAGGAGACCAGAUAAUGAUUACUUGAAAUGGCAAUGGCAGCCCAAUGGUUGCAAUAUCUCAAGAUUAAACACAAGUGAUUUCUUGGAGAGAAUGAGAGGAAAGAAAAUGGUAUUUGUGGGGGAUUCAUUGAAUAGGAAUAUGUGGGAAUCUCUAGUUUGUAUGCUUUGGAAUGUUGACAUCAAAGUCAAGAAGACAGGAAUGUAUUCAGUCAGAUUUGAGGAUUAUAACUGUUCCAUUGAAUGGGUGUGUGCUCCAUUUUUGGUGAGUCCAUCAACAUAUUUCAACACGACAACUAAGAAAAAAAUGGACACUUUAAGAUUGGAUAAAAUGGAAAAACUAGUAACAUUAUCUCGAGAUGCUGAUAUCAUGAUCUUUAAUUCAUGGCACUGGUGGAAUCAUCAUAAAACUGGGCAAAAUUAUUUCCAAGAAGGUAAUAAAGUAUAUCUGGAGCUAGAUGUACUUAAAGCAUUCGAAAAAGCACUCGCUACAUGGAGAAGAUGGAUUGACAUGAAUAUCGACUCUAACAAAACCCAGGUUGUUUUUCGAGGAUAUUCCGAUACCCAUUUCAGUGGAGGCAAAUGGAAUACCGGUGGAAAAUGCAACAGAGAAACAGGGCCAAUUUCAAACGAAACCAAUUUCGUAGAAAAGUAUCCUUUGAAGGUGGAAAUACUCGAAAACGCUCUAAAACGAAUGAAGACGCCUGUUUUAUAUCUAAAUGUAACUAAACUUACUUAUUAUCGAGCCGAUGGGCACGUUUCAAUUUAUGGUAGAAAACACAACACAGCUGAAGAAGAGAAGAAUGCGGCCGAGAAGGCUGUACAGGAUUGUAACCAUUGGUGCGUACCUGGUAUUCCUGAUGUGUGGAACGAAUUACUUUAUACUUCUCUAUUAAAGAUCGGUAAAUUAUGAUCUUAAUAAUCAAGAAAAUCAUAUAUUAGAGUACUUUAGUGUAGUGUGCCUUUCAACUUUACAUUUUGUUGGAAACAAUAAGAAAAUUCAUAAAAAAUAAAUCUCAAACAGCUGCGUCGUGGACUAG